UGAGUGCGCCCGCGAGCAGCCUUCGCAAGACAGGAACGACUUUAGUAUAGAUGGCUGCUGCUGCUGCUGCUGCCACUGCCGAAGAUGCUCUCCCAGUCGCCGCGCUGCCUGAUGCCCGCUUGCUCUGCCCGCUCCCCACGUCUUCCCCGGCCUAUCGCCAGCCAGUGCCCAUUGAUAUCGCCGCCGAAUCGACUUCCGACGUCAGGGUUGUUCCUGGGUGGUAGCGCAUCUCGCCGCCGCGGGGAGCUCCUAGGUUGAGCUGCCGGCUGCCACAAUGGGCCUCUUCAGAAGACGCGACAAGACCAACCACCAUCCCACCAACGGCGAACACCUCACCGACGCCUACACCAAUUCGAAACGCACAUUCGCCAUGCAGCGCACCAACAGCACCACCGCGCACGAUGCAAGCAUACCUGAUAUUCCCCUGCCCAAAGCCCCAGAUCCGCAGGUGAACCCAGUCGCCUAUCUACGAAGCAUCUAUGCCGUGCGGGAAAGAAGCAAGCUUGUGUUGGAGAAGGCGAAGAGAAAUCAGUUACGCCACUUCAAUGUGGACAUGUCCAAGUUCUCCGAUACGGCAGCCUACGUUGUGGCCAUCAUAAAGCGGGACUUUGAUCCCGACUACAGCAAAAUCCCCCCGCAUGGGAGAUGGCAGCACUUUGACGUGGGUGGCCGUCCGCGGGUCGAUCAGCUCAUGCAGACUUGGCCGAGCACAGUGGACAACCAGGAGCGUGCCCGCCGUCUGAUAGAUCUCUUCUUGGUUUCCGUCCUAUUAGACGCAGGUGCGGGGACGAAAUGGCAAUACAAGUCCAAGGAAAGCGGCAAGAUCUACAAGCGCAGUGAAGGGCUCGCGGUCGCAAGCUUGGAAAUGUUCAAGACUGGACUCUUCUCCAGUGACGAGAACCAGCCUUACCAAGUCGACAGCGACGGUCUGAAGAAGCUCACUGUUGAGAACAUGGCUAAGGGAUUGCAAGUCACGCCCGACAAUCCAAUCGAUGGGCUCAAUGGUCGCACCAACCUGCUCAUCAAGCUGGGUGACUCUCUGCUCAACCGAGAGAUUUUCGGGCUGGACGCAAGACCAGGAAACAUGCUCGACUACCUGCUCGCCCAUCCAACAACUCAUGCUGCUUCUAUUCCUGUCAUCCCGUUGCCAACACUGUGGGACACGCUCAUGAUAGGUCUUGUCGACAUCUGGCCAGCCACCAGGACACAAAUUGAUGGCGUACCUUUGGGUGAUGCUUGGCCAUGUGGAUCCAUGCCUUCACAUCCGAACACGCCAUGGGAGAAUAUCGUGCCCUUCCACAAGCUAACUCAAUGGCUUACUUACUCAUUAAUGGUACCGAUGCAGAAGCUGGCCAAGGUGCAUUUUGUUGGCGUUGAACUCAUGACUGGUCUGCCUGAGUACCGAAAUGGUGGGCUAUUGGUGGAUACAGGACUUCUGACCUUAAAGGAGGACGAUGUGCAAAGAGGUCUUGCACAGUACCAAAUGAAUGCGACAAGAGCUGGUCAGCCCAACGUGGAGGUUGUUCCCCUCUUCACAGCUGACGACGAUGUCAUCGUAGAGUGGCGUGCUCUGACUGUUGGCUUCCUCGACGAACUACAUGUUGAGGUGAAUACACUGCUGGGCCUGACCGGAGAUGACAAGCUCAGCCUGGCACAAGUACUGGAGGCUGGCACGUGGAAGGGCGGACGAGAGAUCGCUGAAGUCUCAAGACCCAAUACAAGAGAGCCCCCGAUCAUGAUCCUAUCCGACGGCACAGUGUUCUAGUGCGGCAGUCUGUGGGUCGAUUGGAGUCAUGAUCCACCGAACUGGGAUCGGGAAGCGCAAGGCGAUUUUGAUUCACGAGUCUGGGCACGCAGGCAUUCUGAGGCCAUGGUGGAUGGCGCGGCGUCUUCAACACAACGCGGCAGGAGGAGAUCGGAGAGUUUGCUCAGUAUGCCACGAGGCGAGCAUCCACUCAGAGCGCAUCCACCUCGAGGCCAUGAUACGACUGGCACCAGCUAUUAUUCAGCCAAAGAGGGUCUUGCGACCUAGAGAGAGUACGAAGCUAACGGCCGAUGGAACGCUUACGAGGCAUGUCAUGUAUAUACGCAUCUCGGCACAAGUGUUGCCCCGUGGUGGAAGAUCUGGAGCCUCGACUCCGUGAUAAGGCUUCUAGUAAUGUUUGUUGUGAUUGCCGUCUGGCUAAAUAGCUCGUCACGACUGGCUAGAAGCAUAUCUUAGCAUGCGUUAGAGGCAUGUGCAACUGUGAAGGCUGCCACGCACACUGUCAUCUCACCUAUGAAAGAUCAUUUCCUGGCCAA